GACCAGAGGACCCAGGGAUGAAGCUGGGAGCCAGCUGCCUGCUCUGCCUGCUGCUCUCCUGCCUGGCCCUGCCCGUGCCCCACGGAUCCAUGGAGAUCAGGAGUAAGGACACCAGGAACCCGGACAUCGACCCCUCCUGGUACACGGGCCGUGGGAUCCGGCCUGUGGGGCGGUUCGGGAGGCGUCGGGCCCUGGGGGAGGGACCUUGGGGACAAGGGGGGGGAGGUGACCGGUGGCCUCCUUGUGUCCCACCCCCCCGGCAGCCCCCAGCCCCGCCUCCCCAGCCCGGCGCCCCCUGA